AAGCUGUUGGUAAAUAGUUUAUAUGUGUUAAAGAAUGGAUUUAUCUGCUUGAGAGUUCUUGUAAUAAAUAUAUAAAUUAAUAUGAAAUUUGUUGAUAUUCUAAAAUUUUUUGUUCGUUGUCAUUAAUGGAAGUUUUUUUGUUUGCAAUAAUCUGGCAAUAGCAAUAUAUUUUGCAUUAGAAGUUCAAUAAAAUAGGAAUAAAACAAGUAGUAAACGCUGUCAUAAUCCAAUAUAUGAUGGGAAAGUUACUCUCAAAAAUUUUUGGGAACAAGGAAAUGAGAAUACUAAUGCUUGGACUAGAUGCUGCAGGAAAAACUACUAUUUUAUACAAACUAAAAUUAGGUCAAAGUGUUACAACCAUACCUACAGUGGGGUUUAACGUAGAAACAGUAACAUAUAAAAAUGUAAAAUUCAAUGUAUGGGACGUAGGAGGACAAGACAAAAUUCGUCCACUUUGGAGACACUAUUAUACUGGCACACAAGGGUUGAUAUUUGUUGUUGAUUGCGCUGAUAGAGAUAGAAUAGAUGAAGCCAGAACCGAAUUACAUAGAAUCAUAAACGAUAGAGAAAUGCGUGAUGCGAUUAUUUUAAUAUUUGCAAACAAACAAGAUCUUCCAAAUGCUAUGAAACCACACGAAAUUCAAGAAAAACUGGGUUUAACUAGAAUAAGAGAUCGAAAUUGGUAUGUACAGCCCUCUUGUGCGACAUCAGGGGAUGGUCUAUAUGAAGGCUUAACAUGGCUGACAUCAAAUCACAAAUUAUGAAAAACAUUUUUAUUGUGCAUGUAUCAAAAAGUAAUUUUAUUUUUUAUUUUGAAAAACGCAAUGUAAUUUAUUUCAGUUUUAUCAAAUUUAAGAGUAACUCUCGUUAUUUUAUUAAACUCUCAUAAGUAAUUUUUAUUAGAAAAUUAAUUUUAAUCUUUUAUUCAUUUUAUUCAUACGGCAAAUUUUUUUAGUAAAACAUAAAAAAAAAUUUUUUUAUACAAAAAAUAUUAAACUGAAUAAUCGAUCAUAUCAUCAAAUAUUUUGGUAUUAAUUUGAUGCAAAUAAACUACAUGUUGUAUUUAGUUUCAUGCAGUAACCUUAAGUCUUAAAAUUUCUUUUUUAGGAAAUAGUAAAAAAUUAAUCUGAUACAAUAUUGCUUCGAACAAACAUUCAUUUGCAUCGGAAAACUUCAACGAAAUAAGGUUAUAUAA